GACCUGAAGAUGAAGCCAGUAAUAGUUGUGCAUGGCGGUGCAUGUGCCAUCCCGGAUGAUAUGGCUAAGGCAUCAGUGGAUGGGGUGAAGUCUACAGCUACUGCAGGCUUUCUGGCUAUGAAGAGAGGAGGCAGUGCAUUGGAUGCUGUUGAGCUGUCUGUUAGGGCCUUAGAAGAUAACCCAACCUUUGAUGCAGGUCAUGGAGCAGUACUGAAUACUAAUGGAGAAGUGGAGCUGGACUCCAUCAUUAUGGAUGGAAGGACUCUAGCUGCUGGAGCUGUGUCUUCGGUGAAGAACAUCUCCAACCCUGUGUCACUGGCCCACGCUGUGAUGGAAAAGACCGACCACAUCAUGUUGACAGACAGAGGUGCAAACAUGUUUGCUGAAAGCGUUGGCAUACCUGCAGUCCCUACAAACACCCUGGUGACAGAAUGUGAGAGAACGGAGAGGGAGAAGGCCAAGAAUUAUGCUGUUGAAGUGAAGGAGCUCUUCAACUCUCAAUGGUAA